CUGACCGACAAUGGAAAUUAACUUUCUUUCGUUCUGGAUUUCUCCCAGUGAAACGGUGCAGAAGUCGUGUAGUGUAGUGUAGUGCAAGUUCUUGGAAGUUAACCCGUGAAUUCCGUGAAGAGUGUGUGGCCAAUUUGGAGAUGGUAAAACCUGGGACGUUUCUCGGAAUCAAGAGUCGCAAAGUGAAGAUCGCUUUCGUGCUACGAGUGCUGUUUGUGGGCAGUUUGCUGUCAAUUUCUGCGAUCAACUCCCUACUAAAUCCUUCGGAUAAUGGCCGUGUAGUCCCGCAAGUGCGUCACAGACGCCACCUGCUGCAGAUCCUGCAGGAUCAGGUUGAAGUGUUUGAAGAUCCGCUGGUUGUGCCAGAGUUCUCCACCCUCACCCCACUUACUUCAACAACCGAAUCUCUCGAACUACCCCACCGUAACUGCACUCCGGCAGCCAUCUUCGAGUUCCCGUCGGAUGGCUUCACGCGGGAAGAUCGUCGCCACGGGUGGAUCGCCGUGCACGUGCUUAUCGCGUGCUACUGCUUUUGGCUGUUGGCGAUCGUAUGUGAUGACUACUUUGUGCCCGCAAUCGAGCUGAUGUGUAAAAAACUCCAGGUGAAGGAGGAUGUCGCCGGGGCUACGUUUAUGGCCGCGGCCUCGUCCAGCCCGGAGCUGUUCAUCAACUGCGUCGGGACGUUCGUCACCAAGGGCGAUAUCGGGGUGGGCGCCGUGGUGGGGUCGGCUGUGUUCAACAUACUGGCGGUGCCGGCGGUUUGUGGGCUGUUUGGUGGACAGGUGGUUCAGCUGAGCUGGUGGCCUGUCACGCGGGACUCGAUGAUGUACGGCGUGGCCGUUAUUGCGCUGAUAACGGUCCUGAUCGACGGCAAGGUGAUGUGGUACGAAGCCGCUAUCCUGGUGUCCGCCUACGUUCUGUACAUUGCAGCAAUGUACUGCAAUGACCCCAUCAGCCGAUUCAUGUCCCGCGCAUUCCGCCGGAAAUCCUGCGUACGACCGUACGCGGAAGUGACGGAAAUAUCGCCGCUGUUGUCCAACGGAGCCCAAAAUGGCGCCGCAGCUAACGGGGUGUCCAAAAAUGGUAACGGACAACACGCGUGUGACAGCGAAGCCAGCGAGGACAGCUUUGAGGAAGAAGAGUUGGCUUCGACCCCAUGGAACUGGCGGGACGAAAACACGCUGGCCUACCUCUGCCGCUGGCCGAUCACGUUCUUCCUGUGGAUCACCAUUCCAGAUUGCCGCCGGUAUCCGAAGCUGCGUCUGCUAACCUUCUUCGCGUGCAUAUUCUGGAUCGGCAUCACGUCCUACUUUGUAGCGUUCCUGGUCACCGUUGUAGGUGACACCAUCAACAUCCCCGACUCGGUGAUGGGGCUGACGUUCCUGGCGGCGGGCACCAGCGUGACGGAGGCCGUGUCCAGCAUCAUCGUCACCAACCAGGGCCACGGAGCGAUGGGCAUCAGCAACUCGAUCGGCUCGAACACGUUUGACAUCUUGCUCUGCCUGGGUCUGCCGUGGUUGAUAAAAGGCCUGGCCUUCCCGGCCAUCCCGGGCAACAACUGGGUCGCGCUAAACUCGACCGGCUUAACGUACUCGGCCAUAUCGCUGCUAUCGACGCUCUGCGGUCUGUAUCUUUCGUUCUGGUUGAACCGCUUCAAACUGGACUGGAAGGUUGGGCUGGCCUGUACCGCCAUGUACGUUGCGUUCCUGACCGUGUCCAGCCUGAUCGAGCUGAACGUCUUCUUCCAGGUCAAUCUGCCGACCUGUAUUCACUAGACCGUAGUUAGCUUCUGUUUGUUCUUUUGUAGUGUUUGUGAGUGUGGGGUGUCGCACCGUACUAUUUAUACAAAGAAAAAAAAAACAAUAGAUAUUACGCAGAGGUGACGAUGCGCGUGUGAGAUUGAGUGUAUUUCUUGGAACGUAGAUCGUAGUAAAAAAAAGUAUAAAUAAAAACCUUACAAUAGUCACUCCAA